AUGCACAAUGGAGGUUCGUCCUCCGGCAAAGUCUCCCAAGCCGAGGAGUUCGACACAUUCCGAGAUUUCGGAAACGGAAGCCUAGCUAAGAGUAAAGCACUGUUAAGAUCCAACACCGUCUUAGCAAAAUGUCGAAAGGUGGUUCCCAUCAUAUUCGCUGCCUCAGUAUUCCUCUUCACAGCCCUGGGCCCUGCUGUCUCAGACGUCGAACGGCAGACCGGUGAGAGGCAAUCAAAUCAGGUCCUAUCACCUUGUCUGGCCAUUCUUCGCCUCGGUUUUAUGUGCAAAAAACCCAUCAGUAUCAUCAAGUGCUACUCACCAACAUCAGCAGCUGAUGAAUCUGAAUUGGACGCGUUUUACGAGGAGCUGAAGGAAGUAAUCCGCAACGAGAAGCCCUACAGAUUCGUUGUCGGAGACUUCAACGCAAAACUAGAAAAGGCCACAGAAGAGGAAUACAGAAUCGGAAGAUUUGGACUGGGGGACCGGAACGAAAACGGUGACUGUCACAUCGAGGAGGACCCAAACGUGGACUACGAGCUGCUACUCAGAGGACUGCGAGCCUAUGCUAACCGUGCCUCAAAGCCGCGUAUGAUGAACAUGAAUCGAAUUUUGAAGACCACCAAUGAGUUGUUGGAAAGAAGGACUUUAAGUAUUGAUCUGAAUGCAUCACACAUUGAGCGGUUACCACCAAUCACUAUCUGCAGAAAAGCUUUGCAAGAGGAUCUUUCGAAAUACAGGCAGAAGAAGAUUCUGGAAGCAGCACAAAGAAGAACGAGUCUAAAGAAGUGCCGCAGGGAUCUUUGCGAAUAUGAUAUCCUGAUAGCAGCUUUGCUGAGCGAAGGCGGGACUCACACUUCUUCUCGUGCAGUCUUUCUUCGAGCUGGUGGCCAUCCGCUUCAUGCAAUCUUAGCAGCGCACAUGACAUCCUAUCUUCAGAAAGAAGGGAUCCCAGACCAGUGGAAGACCUCGCGAUCCGUUCUUAUCCAUAAGAAAGGUGACCUAAAGGACUUUCGGAACUACCGUCCGAUAUGCUUGCUGAGUGUGUUAUACAAAGUAUUCAAGAUCAUACUCACGCACAUAUCUAGGACGCUGGAUGAAGCCCAGCCUCAAGAACAAGCUGGAUUCCGCCAAGGGUUCAGCUGCUUGGACCACAUCCAGACCAUGUCGAGGGUCAUAGAGGUUUGCCGAAAAUACCGCCUGCCUCUUGUUCUAACCUUCGUCGACUAUGAGAAAGCCUUUGACAGCGUAGAAACGAACGCAGUACUGUCAGCGCUGGUCGAUCAAGGUGUGGACGAGUCGUAUGGGGUACGACAAGGCGAUACUAUAUCGCCGAAGCUGUUCACGGCUGCAUUGCAACGGAUAAUGAAAUCACUAUCCUGGGAAGAAAGGGGCAUACGUGUUGAUGGAAGAUUUCUUUCGAACCUUCGUUUCGCGGACGACAUCGUUCUCUUUUCGAGCAGUACCAAUGAAGCAGAAACGAUGCUCAACGAAUUGAACGAAGCAGGGAAGAGAAUAGGACUACGAAUAAACAGAAAGAAGACACAGUUCAUGAAGAACGCGCACUGCGAGGAGGGAGAAGUACAACUUGAAGACUCCCAAAUCGUGGAAACUCCGUCAUACGUAUACUUCGGACGUUGUAUGAACAUGGAAAACGACUUGAAGGAAGAACUGAAUAGAAGAAUGAGAGCAGCAUGGGCAGCAUUCGCAGCCGUCAGGGAAGCUACGGACCAACUGACGGACCAAGAUCUUCGUGCUCAUCUGUUCGACUCGACAGUCCUUCCAGCGCUCUGUUACGCAGCGGAGACGUGGAUAGACACCGCGGCCACGUCUAGGAAGCUACUUACUACCCACAGAGACCUUGAGAGAUGUUUACUGAAGUUUAACCGGCGCACACAACACCUUGCCGGUCUUCGUAGCUCCGACUUAAGAGGAAUGUCCCGUCUUCGCGGCCCAGCCGAAUAUGUAUCGAAAGCAAAAUAUAGAUGGGCCGGUCACAUCAUGAGAAGAAUCGACGAUAGAUGGACUAAAAGAACGCUAGAGUGGAUCCCAAUGGACGCUAAACGCCCCCGAGGGAGACCGUCAAUGAGAUGGGGUGACGUGUUCGCUGCACGGAUGGGCCAGCUGAGAAGUCAGCUGGAUACGGCUCAAGGACCUCGUCAACGUCACUCACGAAGCUUGAGAACAUCUUGGAUGACAAUGGCGAGGGAACGAAACGAGUGGAAGAGAUGCUGGGGCCCGCACGUCGGGUGA